GCGUCACACAGUAAUUCAUCCCCUCAGUAUUUAGGUUCCAGUAGCAGCUGGCACAAAGAUGCGACUUGUCAUCUGGAUCUGUGAUUGACUGCACCUACGAGACCGUAUGAGAGGAGCUGAGCUGUGGAUCAGUGAAGUAACUGGAUUUACACAAGGUCAAACAUGUCAGCUGGUGAGGCCUUCGUCACCCUGGCAACCACAGACUCCUACUGCAUGGGUGCCACAGUGGUGGCCAGGAGUUUACGGCGGCAUGGGACAACUCGCAGCAUCGUCGUCAUGGUCACGCCAAACGUCUCACAACAGUCAAGGCUUGCCCUUGAGAGCGUGUUUGAUGAGGUCAUCAUCGUGGAUGUGAUGGACAGUGAGGACCACCUCCAUCUGUCUCUGCUGGGACGUCCCGAGCUCGGCAUUACUUUCACCAAGAUCCACUGCUGGACCCUGACACAGUACAGCAAGUGUGUCUUUCUAGAUGCUGAUACACUUGUUCUGUGUAACGUGGAUGAGCUGUUCGAGAGAGACGAGCUAUCGGCGGCUCCUGAUCCCGGCUGGCCGGACUGCUUCAACUCGGGCGUCCUUGUCCUCAGACCGUCCCUCCACACCCACACCAGGCUCAUGGAUCAUGCCCUGCAGCAUGGCAGCUUUGAUGGAGGGGAUCAGGGCCUGUUGAACUCCUUCUUCAGUGGCUGGCCAGUGGAAGACAUCAGUAAACACUUACCGUUUGUGUACAACCUCAGCGCCAGCUCCAUCUACAGCUACCUCCCUGCUUUCCAGCAGUUUGGCCAUAAUGCAAAGAUUGUCCAUUUCCUGGGACCAGUGAAACCCUGGAGUUCCAGCAGCCAGAGGGAUGAUGACCACUCACACGCCAUGGAGCAGUUUGUGACUCUUUGGUGGAAGGAAUACCUCAGUCACACAACACCAUCUACACCAGGGAAACAGCCCAGUCAAGACUGGGAGAAACCACAGCAGAUCCGAGAACCCGAAGCCAAGAUGCCGUUUAAAGAAAACCUGGACAGCUCCGAGUCACUGCUCGCACAUUUUUCACCCCCGACUGCACUGUCUGAAUCAAAGAUGUCUUUCCACACAGAUGAUGCAGAAUUUGAGGAAGAGAGAUCACAUGAGAGAACAGAGAUCCAGGGCUCAGCUUUGGGUGCAGUGGGGUUGGAGGGCAGCCAUGGACCUGCAGACUCUUGGACACAUCCUAGGGCUGCAGACAGAGAGAGUGAGCAGCUGGAGCAUCGCAGGCUGUGGGAGGCUGGACAGGCCGACUACCUGGGUAGAGACGCCUUCGAAAACAUCCAGAGGAAGCUGGACCGCUUCCUGGACUAGAAGACCGCAUAUAAGAACACCCCUGUGCACCACUCCGGACUAUCUUCAUGAGGACUGAACCCAACAUGUGACUGCACCAAAUUCCACUGAUAUUUUGUGCCACUGUCAAUAAACUAGAAUUCACUACUGA